AUGUAUGAGCACUUCGCGCCUCUCUGGGGCUCUGGUCCCCAUGAAAGCUUCAUCGCGCUCUACCAAAAGUGGGCUGCAGGAGGCUGGGGCAUGAUCAUGACCGGCAAUAUCCAAGUCGCGAAAGACCAUCUUCCGCUUGGCCGCGAUCUUGUCGUUCCCGACGCCCUUAGCGAAGAGACACUCGCACCAUGGCGCGAACUUGCGAAUACUAUCCACUUCGGGGCUCCCGCCGCCUCAUCCUCACGAAUAGGAUUGGGAGGGAAGGAUGAGGACAGUCGCCCACUCGCAAUCAUGCAGCUAUCCCAUGGAGGAAGACAGUCGCUCAAUUUCUACGGAGGUCGACGGCUGUUCGCGCCCCCGCUCGCCCCCAGCCCGAUUCGAGUCGGCCAGAUGCACAAAGGACAAGAUGGCUGGCUAUCGCGCUUGGCCCAUUGGUUGUUCCUGCAGGUCCCGAAGGAGAUGACACAUGAGGACAUUCAGCGUACGAUUGGGCAGUUCGUGCUCGGGGCACAGCUGGCGGCGCAGAGUGGAUUCGACGGUAUCGAGCUGCACGCUGCGCAUGGAUACUUGAUCAGCGAAUUCAUAUCGCCCAAGACGAACCGCCGGACAGACGAGUACUCUGCAGAUCGCGACCCGCUUCGCUUCCUCCGAGAAAUCGUUGAAGCAAUCCGCGCUCCGGGUGUAGUGCCUGACGAUUUCAUCGUCGGCGUGAAACUCAACGCAGCGGACUACGCGCGAGACACUUGCGAGCUUCAAGAAAACCGAGCGCUCGAACACGUUCGCGAGAUUGGCAAAUGGGGCCUUGUGGACACUAUUCAGGUUAGCGGUGGCGACUACGAGGACCCGCAGUUCAUUGAUGUGGCGCUAGAGUACAAGUCCGCACGCCAAGUCGUCUAUGAAUCCUUCGCCGAACGUAGCAUCGAAAUCCUCUCCAGCUGCAUCCCAACAGCGACCUCCCGCCCACCUCCGCUCGUCCUCCUGACAGGCGGCCUCAACACUCUCCCACGAAUGUCCUCCGCUCUCGCUCGCGACCACGCGCAACUGCUCGGCAUAGGCCGACUCUCCGUCAUCCACCCACAUCUCCCCACCGAACUGUCCGCCGCACUCUCCAGGAAAGACGCUGAUUUCCUGCGCUCCGAGCCCUGGGCGCUGAGCGAGCUAGGCGACCCGCCCUCCUCAUACCUGAGCUGGCGCGGGCUCGAGCGCGCGCUGUGGUACGUCUGCCUGCUCGUGUGGUCGUACAUACCUGCGAAGAUGCCGAGGGUGGUGGGCGCGACGGCGAACGUGAACUGGCACAAUUACAUGAUGAGGCGGCAUGCGUUGGGACAGGACCUCGACUUCACCGUUGGCACAGUCGGGACGAUGGCGAGGUUCUUUUUGCUUCCCGUGCCGCAUGCGAGCCGGACAGAUGGGGAGGGGGACUGGGUGUGGUGGAUUUCUGUGGCGGUUGUUGGAGUCGUGCUUGGGAUGGCAUUGGGUCAAGUUAUUUGA